CGGAGUCGACUUCAAGCAGCAAGCAGUGAUGGACGCAGCAAUAGGUUGUUUUCUCUGGUGGAUGUUGCUCCUAACUAAAUGUCAUUGUGAGGACGUGGAACUCUCCACAUUAGGGUCUCAAUACACCCUACUUACCAAGUAUGGUUACGUAUUUACCCCCUCUCCACAGGCAAACUUCAUUACCUUCCAGGUAAAAGCCUGCGAGGGAGCACACAUUGGCCUAUUCCAGUCGGAAGACGAUCUGAUGAAUGGGUACAUAGUCGUCAUAGGAGCAUACAUAAACACGAGGGCAAUGAUACACAAUCGGCGUGGUAUUAGUUUAGUGAGCCAUACAGAAGAUGGUGUAAUUAGUUGUGAUGAGUACCGAUACUUUUGGAUUUCGUGGAGAAAUGACGGGGAGGUAGUACUUGGUCGUGGUGAGGUGGUGUUUCAGGAUGUCCUUCUGACUCUGAGGGAUGACGAAUAUCUUUACCAGGUACGCUUUGUUGGAAUCACUACAGGAUCGGGUCCUUCAGGAAAGUGGAAGCUUCCAAGACUACGUGCUCAGCGGUGGCAAGUGUUACCGAUGUUCAAGAACAUUGUCAUGACUUCAGGGAUUGAAUGGACUGUUGAAGCAAAUAAUCCGGGAGCGUGUGCCAUUAAAUGUCGCCAACAUCCUCUGUGUGUGUCCUUCAUCUUCAAUGCUGAAAGACAAUAUUGUCAAGGUCACAAUCAGCACUUCAAAAACGUCGCUGAAGGGCAAGGGCACGGGGAAAUGGGAAGUCAUUAUUUCACCAGGGCCUAAACAUGAACAAACACAGGUCCAGGUCUAUAUCAUUACUUCAAUACCGGACCUCACUGAAGAACAGGGUUAUGCACAUAAGGCAAUCCUUAUUUCUAAAAAGGUUGCGAUAUUACAUCAACAUGCGA